AUGCGCAAGAAAGCCUGCCUUACCGACGUGGUCGUCGUCCAGAGGGGCCUACGUCCAGCAUCUCUCUCUCCAGUCCUACCAAAUAUCAAGAAGAGGAAGAGGAGACCGUUGCUGAACCUGCCUAAUAAGGGCUACUUCUCGAAGCGGAGACCUGCCUUCGAUGCCUUUGAGGUGAAGCAGCAGGUGUCGGACAACGAGGGCAAUACUCUGAAGAAGAUCCGGGUUGUUUCUCCAGAGACUGGCAUCCAUUCGAAAGCCUGGGCUCUCCAGAUCGCAGAACAGACCGCUCCUCUCCUCCGGAUCCCAAUUGAACUCCGACAACGCAUUUUCGAGAUCGUCCUCUCCGAUUACGAUCUGACCCUCACCCCUCACAAAUGUGGAAAGCGGUUCCUCAACAUUGCAGGCCGCACCCGCUACACUUGCAGAUCCCGACAUGAUUCAAUUGAUGUUGAGGAUCCCAAUUACUUUCGUCCGAAUAGUGUAGUCGACUUGUAUAUAUACUUGUCUAUGCUUUGCCGGCAGACGUACGUGGAAAUUGUUGGAGGUGCUUGGCUGUAUCAGAUUGGGGCUUUCAACUUCAACAGCCCGACGCUGAUGUACAACUAUAUCAAUCGGAUCAACCCCUUCCACGCCUCCAACAUUUCUGCCAUCCACCUCCGAGUCCGCCUUACCCGCAAUGCCCCCAACAUCCCCAGGAAGAUAAUCACCACCCUCGCAAGUCUCCAGCCUAGUCUCCGCGAUCUGUCCUUCGAGGUCUAUGUCGAGGCGGAUCUCUGUUAUGAGCUAAAACUGCCUAACUACCAAUACAAGUUCCUGGAACACCACGAGUUCCUGCCCAAAGAGGAUAUAUGUGUCAAGCUGGAGUCGUCGAAGAACUGGGAGUUGUUGCAGAAUUUAAGAAGUUUUGAGAUGGCCUUCUGCGGGAGCUAUCGGCUUUUGAUUGACAGUCACAGUCCGAGGCUCAUUGCUGUCCGGGAGGAGAUCAAGAAGGUCGUUACGAGGGCUGCUGGCGUUAACUAG